AUGUUCCUUCGCCAAGUUCUUGCACAGGAACCGGCAAGAUUACCUGUACAGGUUCUUUUGAAGUUUCAUGUGCAGGAUCCUCCAAUUUUCCUGUGCAUCAUGUCUGAAUCGAGUAUUCCAAGCUUAAAAAUCACUGACUUUAGUGAAGAUGUACAUUGUUCGACGAAAUUGAAUUACCGCACUGUCGGCAUCAGAUGGACAAUCGCAAAUUAUGAUGUUAUCUGCAAAACUGUUGAAUUACUUAAGUCGUCUGAAUUUCCUGAAGGUGAAGAGCAAUCGCAAAAAUGGUACCUUGAGUUUCAACCUUUAAAGUUAACCCCAGAUAGCAAAGAAAUCCAAGAGAUCAAUUUAAAAAGGACACGUAUGGGCGAUUUGUAUGUUGAGACGCUGCUUUGCGUUGAAACUGAGUCAAACGAAAUUUAUAAGGAUUCCUAUGCAUUUGAGCUGUCUAACAGUCAAUACGUACGCUAUAAGCCAGCAGUAAAAGAAUUAUACAAUCAAUUGUUUAAGAAUAAAACUGCAGAUAAAAGUUUAAUAAUUACAUGUAAAGUUCGAAUUUUUGAUACCACUCAACCCAAAACAGAAACGGCCUAUUGGAAAAACACAUUUAACACAUUUGAGUUUUUUGAAUCCAGUGAUUUGACUCAAGACAUCUCUAAAUUUCUCCUCAAUGACCAAGCCUUUCAGGACGUAACGAUUUCUGUUGGGAAGAAAACUUUUUGUGCUCAUAAAGCUAUACUUUCAACACGCAGUGAAGUUUUUCAAGCAAUGUUUACAAAUGAAAUGAGUGAAAAAAGCAACUCAUUAGUUGAAAUCGACGACCUGUCGCCAGAAGUGAUUAAAUCAAUGCUUCAUUUUAUUUAUACGGAUAAAGUUGAUUACGAGGAUUUGAAAAAAUUAGCCCCGGAACUUUUAGGUGCUGCGGAAAAAUACAAUUUGCGAAGGCUGAAGAAAAUGUGUGUUGCAGCCAUGCACCGAAAUCUGGCUGUUGAAAAUAUUCUCAAUACUUUGAAAGUUGCUGAUAUAUACUCGAUUGCAUAUUUAAAGAAAGAAGCUUUAAAGUUCUUGGUAACACACCAUCGAGCUAUAAAAACUCAGAAUGAAUUUAAAACCUUGAUUGCAGAACGUCCACAUCUGAUGAUCGAAUUUCUUGAUGUUCAGGAGAACAUUCUAGAAACUUUAAAGAAAACUUCAUAA